CCAGCCGCGCUUCGUGAAACACGUGUAGUGAAGGUGCUCUCGGAAAAUUUAUCAAUAAAGUUGAAUUUGUAACAGAAUUAUCGGUGAUAAGCAUGGAUUCCGACCAGGAAGACGAGGUCCCCAACGUUAACUUCGUUCCGAGCUUGCUGUUUAUCAAACGAGGUGUGGCCAAAGCCAACCCGGACAAAGUUACUUUGACUCCAGCGGAACUGGCAAGAAUCAUCAACGAAACCCGUGAUGACCUGGAAGAGGACGGCGCCAACGGUAUUGACAGCUCCGAGGAUGAGGAAAAUGAAGAUUCCGCCGCUCGGUUGGCUAGCCGGGCCCAGGACCAGGCUGGAACCUCCGGAAAUCGCUCCGCGGGGGAUGAAUUUGGGUUUGAGAAUUAUGAGCAAGAGUCUGGCGAACCCGUGGUCCGAUUGGCCUCGGUGGCCGUGGUUGACCCGGCGGAAAACAUCCAGGACGAGGACGAUUCCGAGGCGGAGGAUGAAAUCAUCAAGCCAACCGAUAAUCUGAUUUUGGUUGGACACGUGCAAAAUGACAGCGCUUCGAUGGAGGUUUACGUGUUCAACGACGACGAGGGCAGCCUGUACGUGCACCACGACUUCCUGCUCCCAUCGCCGCCCCUCUGCAUCGAGUGGCUCAGCUUCGACCCGGGCAGUGACAAACCGGGCAACAUCUGCGCCAUCGGCUGCAUGGACCCCGUAAUCACGCUGUGGGAUCUGGACAUCCAGGACUCGCUCGAGCCGGUCUGCAAGUUGGGCUCGAAGGGCAGCACCAAGAAGAACAAACCCAAGGUCGGCCACUCGGACGCCGUGCUGGAUCUGUCGUGGAACAAGCAUUUGGAUCACAUCCUAGCCAGUGGUUCCGUCGAUCAGUCCGUCAUCCUGUGGGACAUGGAGGACGGCACGCCACACACGAUCAUCAAGGAGUUUGGGGAAAAGGUUCAAACGUUGGCGUUCCACCCAACUCGAGCGGAGGGGCUGCUGGUGGGAAGUUGCGACGGCAUGGUGAAGGUGUUCGACUGUCGAACCACGACGAACGAUUCGGCGAGUUUCCUGUCGUGGGCGGUGGGUGGUGAGGUGGAGCGGGUCUGCUGGAACCAUCACAGCGAGUUCCACUUUGUGGCCAGCACGAACGAGGGACGGAUUCACUACUGCGACGUGCGACGACCGGGCGAGACGCUUUGGUCGAAGGAGGUUCACGAGAAGGAGAUCACCGGACUGGUGCUGAGUUCGAAGGUUCGUGGAAUGCUGGCGACGGCUUCCGCCGAUGGAACGCUCAAGUUGUGGGACAUUGACGAGGAGGACGCCAAGCUGGUGUACAAGAAGAACCCCAAGAUGGGCGUGAUCCAGUGCUUGGACGAGUGCCCGGAGAAUCCGUUCAUGCUGGCCAUGGGAGGGGAUCUGAAGACGAAGAACUUUAGCGUGGUGAACGUGCUCGAUAAUGAUGUUGUUACGAACGUGUUCAAGGCUCGGUUUGAUCCCAGCUACGUGCCCGUAGCCUCGGGGGAACGGAUGAACAUUGAACCUCCCACGGAAGCGAUGGAGGAGGCAUCGAUCAGCGAUGACGAUGACAGUGAUGAGGAUGACAAUUGAAAUAAAAUGUGGAAUAUUAUUCUUUAUCUAUGAAACAAUAGAUAUGUAAACUAAA